AUGGAGGAGGCUUCUGCUGAAGGUAAUGCACAGCUGGGGGUUGUAGAGAGGGUGCUCAAGGUUUACUCGACAUAUCUCCCAAGACCAAAACAUCAUGGAACUCAAGCUUCAGUAGUAGAUUUUUUUUCCAACUAUGAAACUUUACUUUGUGCUAUUCGUAUGUCACCUUUGGCUUAUGGCUGCAGACCUUUAUAA